AUGUUCUUACAGACUUGGCACUUUGACGGGAACGUGGGAGUAUACACUAAAAUAGUAUCAACGCCUUUGCGCCCUCGUCUGUCCAAUCCACCAGCCUCACAUGAUUCAUCUCCGAGCUCAGUGCCAAGCGCCCCGCCCUCCUCUCCACUCAACACGGACACUUCAACUAUCGUGACACCCACGGCGGCCAAAGUGUCAGCUAGACCGAGAGACCUGUUAAUACCCGAGGGCCCACGUCCGCCAAGCAAGCUCACAGCCUUGCUUGCUGCUGCGAAGCCUCCUUCUGCACCUGCGAUCGACUUGACAGGAGACGAUGAUGAUGGCAACCUUCUGGAGAUUAAAUCUGUGUCAACGACUACCCGUGCAUCUGUGUCUCAUAAGAGGAAACAUCUAGACGAAGUGAGCAUCAAAUCAGAGCUCACAGAUGCCGAUGUCAUUGUUCUGUCCGAUGACGACGAUGCUCGUUCUGGGGCCCAUCAUGUUCCUCCAAAGCCGAAGCGUGCUCGUCGACCAGCAACAGUAGCUGGCUCUGAUUUCCAAACUAAGAUCACUCGUCAAUGCCAUGUGAAGACGAUCGUGACCCUUACAGAGAUUCCGAAAAUAUGGAUCAUUCCUCGGGAGGAAGGUGUUGCAUAUAUUGUUAAGCUUUCCGCGCAGCCCGAGAUGGAAUGGAAACGGGAUGCAAGUGGCGCACUGAUGAAUAUGGUGGCGAUCAUCACGUCUCAGGACCACUUACUGCAGAGUUAA